CGGACGAGGGGUGCAAUUACACGCAAGAGCCUCAAUCUGUCUGUUUCUACAUAAACAAACAUCAACCUGGGGAUGGACAAAGUUCCUUAGAUCACCAUUUGAUCACGACCUUAGCAUCCGAUAAUAUUUUAUUACUGUUUUACACAUUUAUUAAGCGCUUAAAGAAGGCUCUUUAAGUUUCUUUUUAGUUUCUUUCUCUUUCCCUGCUGUACACAUUGUCAAACUGUGGAUUUCCAGAUAGCCAGUCGAGCUAGCUGGCUAAGUCUUCCAGUGGAUUUACUGAUAUCAAAUUCGACAGCAUCCGCAGCAUCCAUAUCCUGUAAAUGGGGAACAGCGCGCUCAAAGCUCAUUUGGAAACAUCUCAGAAGACUGGAGUCUUUCAGCUGACUGGAAAGGGUUUGACAGAGUUCCCAGAGGAGCUGCAGAAACUCACCGGAAACCUGCGGACAGUUGAUCUGUCCAACAACAAAAUCGAGGUGCUUCCAGAAUUUAUAGGAGUCUUCCAGCAACUCAAGAGUCUCACCAUAAGCAGCAAUAAACUGACCAGUCUACCAAAUGACAUCGGGAAACUCAAGAAGCUGGAGACUCUUAUUUUAAAUGGGAACCAGUUGAAUCAGCUUCCUUCCUCGGUGGGUCAGCUGAAGUCCUUGCGCACCCUAAGCCUGUCUGGAAAUCACUUCAAGGAGUUUCCUAGUGGACUCGGCACCCUCCGCCAGCUCGAUGUUCUGGACCUGUCCAAGAAUAAGAUCCAGGUGGUUCCUGCAGAGGUGGCCGAACUGCAAGCCAUUGAAAUCAACCUCAAUCAGAACCAGAUUUCAACCCUGUCUCCAGAGGUGUCUCGUGCUCAGAGACUGAAGGUCUUACGGCUGGAGGAGAACUGUCUGGAGCUCUCCUCUAUCCCCCCCUCCAUCCUCUCAGACUCCCAGGUGUCCCUGCUGUCGGUGGAGGGCAACUUGUUUGAAGUUAAAAAGUUGCGUGACCUAGAAGGAUAUGAUAAGUACAUGGAACGUUUCACUGCAACCAGGAAGAAAUUUGCGUGAACGGUUUGAAAGGCUUGCUGCACCUGUCCUCUGCUCUGGGCUUACCAUAGAAAGGGUUCAGCUGGGACUGCUUGUGAAAACGGCAAGAUGGGAACGGAAAAAUGGUCAAGACUGCUUCAGAACUCGGUAGAAUGACGGCUCAGAAACCCCAGCACUGCUGCUCAUCGCAUUACAAUACAGACAGCAGUGUAUGGACCUUGCAUCACUCUUUCUUUUGCAAAGAUUUUAUACACCGAAAUAUAACGCAGACUCAGCUUCAUGAGGAUAUUUACACUGGAGAAUGGUUUAUUCUGUAUAUUCAAGUGCACUAAUGCCACGUCUGUUUAUAGAACAUCAUUCUUUCAGAAAAGCUAAUAUAACAACUUACUAACAUAUUGUACGUCCUGUACCCUUAUAGUAUGUGCUAUUGCUCAGCAUUUAUUGAUUCAUUUAUUUUGAUUGAACUGUGAUCUCAAAAUUUCCAUCAAGUGAUAUUUAUGAAGUAGCAAUUUUUUUCUGACAGCAAAGGCUGCAUAUGAGUUUAGUGUUGAUUACUGUCCAUGAAAUGCCAGUGGAUAUUUAUAUUUAUAACACAACAUUCAGUUUUAAUGCAGUGCAUUUUGCUUUUACACACUUAUACACGCUGCAUGUUUUCUUACCAUAAAAGUAUGUAACUCAAAAAGCUUUAUGUAUUUUCAUGCAGUUUUUGAGAUCUAAAUCUGUUGUUAUAUAUGGUCAUGUCUAUGUAUCCGUCUAUAUCUUACACACUUGAAUGGCAUCUUAUCUGUUUAUUCUGUGAUCAUUUACUCAGCCUAAAGUUGUUCCAAACCUAUAUGACUUUCUUUCUUCUAUAUUUCUUUUUUGAAGAAUGCGGGUAACUAAACAGGUUCUGGUCCCUAUUGACUUCCAUAGUAUGUGGAAUGUUGACAGAGUUUUCCUUUUUGGGUGAAAAAGUGUUUCUUUAACCUAGUGUUUCUUUCAGUGAAUGAAUGCAUGCACAUUAAUGGAAAUGUUUUAAACAUCCAUUAAUCAUUGCAUCGGGGUCCUGAUCACCCUGUCAUGGUUUAUUCUGAGAUAACAACCAGCUGGAUGUACAUUAUCGUGCUUAUUACAGGGCUAAAAAGAUGUUUUUACCAUAUAUGUUGAAAUAAUGCUGAAGUUUUCCGUUGUAAUAUGCGGUGGUUAAGUGUUUUCGGUCACAAGAUUGCGCCAGAGAGUCAACAAUAGAUGAGUGACUCGUUUAGCAUACAAGUAGUACCGGUAAAGAUAACUCGUAGUACCCGGAUGAGCCGUGUGUUAUUCAAUUUGGCGGUUGUUAUCUGGGAAUAACAUACCGCUGGAUUGCGCGAUUGACCAAUUAGAGUCAAGUAUUCCACAGAGCCGUGUAAUAAUCAGAAAUAUAACAUAUUACCCAAAAGCAGUCAUGAGUGACUUAUACUCUAAGGCAGCCUUUGUAAAAUACAGGUUCCUUCUUCUCAAUAUACUAUGCCACUACAUUAUUUUUAUGCUGCAACAUUUAGCCACAGAAUAAAGCUUGCACUGUAUUUAAAUAACAGCAUCUUCAAGCAGAUUGUACCUGAAUGUUCCUCUCAGGAUGAAUAAAGUACAUCUACUGUAUCUAUCUACCUAC